GACGUGGGAAGGGAGGGAUUCGGUACACAAAACAAAUGUCCACGGGUUUGAUGUCGCGCUACGUAACAGAUUAUUGUGACAUGUCAGUGGGCUUCAAUAGGUAACUCCAUGACAUUUUGAAACAUGUGGCUCAAACCUGAAGAGAUUCUGCUGAAAAACGCCUUUAAGUUAUGGGUUACGGAGAAGGAUAACGAGUAUUUCGUGCUGCAAAGGAGACGGGGGUACGGAGAAGGUGGAGGCGGUUUGACAGGUAAUGUUUGUGGAACACUUGAUACUAUGUUGGACUCAACAUCCAAAGUGGCUCCUUUCCGGAUUUUGCAUCACACACCAGACUCGCAGGUGUACUGGUCGAUAGCAUGUGGUGUCACCAAUGAGGAAAUAGUUCAGCACUGGGAUUGGCUGCAGCAGAACAUCAUGAGGACUCUCUCCGUUUUUGACUCCAGUGAAGACAUCACCAGCUUUGUACAGGGCAAGAUUAGAGGUCUUAUUGCUGAGGAAGGGAAGUUGUCCAUGGUGCUGGAGGAUGAUCCCGAGAAGUUCAGAGAAGCAUUUUUGAGGUUCGAGAAGUGGUUUGAGCUUCCGCCCAAGGAAAAGCUGGUCACAUAUUACUCAUGCAGCUACUGGAGAGGCAAAGUGCCGUGCCAGGGCUGGCUCUACCUCAGCACUAACUUCCUGUGCUUCUAUUCAUACUUGCUGGGAUCUGAGGUGAAACUGGUAAUUUCCUGGGAUGACAUCUGGAAGCUGGAGAAAACCUCUAAUGUUAUCCUGACUGAGAGCAUCCAUGUCUUGGCUCAUGGGGAGGAUCACUACUUCUCCAUGCUGCUGCACCUGAAUGAAACAUUUGUCAUCAUGGAACAGCUGGCCGACUACUCCAUCAAGCGCCUUUUCGAUAAAGAGGCCUUCCAGAGAGAGCCGGCGCUCUCAGAUCCUCUGCAAAUUACCAAGAGAGGCCUCGAAGCUCAUGCAAAGAGUGAGCAGUUCCGGACAUUUUUCAGGCUCCCCAAAGAGGAAAAUCUGUUGGAGGUUCAUGAGAGCUUUCUGUGGGUUCCCUUUAGUCAUUUCAACACGCUUGGCAAGAUCUGUCUUUCCGAGAACUACCUGUGUUUUGCAAGCCAAGAUGGCAGCCAGUGCCAUAUCAUUAUUCCAAUGCGAGAGGUGGUAAAUGUUGAGAAGCCAGACACCAGCAGCAGGGCUUUGACAGUGUGUGUGCGUGGAAAGAGGGCGCUACGUUUCUCUGAGGUACGGGAAUAUCAGCGGCUUGCCAACACAAUCCGCAGCAGAUGUGGCAUCAGUCCAAGUCCUCAACACUCUGCUUCAACAGAGGCUAUAAGGGGUGAGUGCCAGUCACUCAUCAACCACUUUGAGGACAACCCAGAGGACGUCACACUGAUGGUGGGACAGAAAGACAGCAGCAAGGCUGUGAGCACAGAGGCUCUCAUGACUGUUUUCCACCCACAGGACGUUGAAAACCUUGACCCCAAGAUGCUGAAAGAAAAGAUGAAGGAACAGUCUUGGAACAUACACUUCUCUGAAUACGGACGUGGCACGAGUAUGUUCUUCACCAGGAAGACACGAGACUUGAUCGUCCGUGGUGUUCCUGAGGCCUUGCGAGGAGAGCUGUGGAUGCUGUUUUCAGGAGCUGUGAACGACAUGGCCACUCACCCCGGCCACUACAGUGAGCUGGUUGAACAGUCCCUGGGCACAAGCACUUUGGCUACAGAUGAGAUCGAGAGAGACUUACAUCGCUCACUUCCAGAGCACCCCGCCUUUCAGAGCGACACAGGAAUCUCAGCUUUGAGAAGAGUCCUCACAGCCUAUGCAUACAGGAACCCAAAAAUUGGAUAUUGCCAGGCCAUGAACAUUCUCACCUCAGUGCUCCUGCUCUACGCUAAAGAAGAGGAGGCUUUCUGGCUCCUAGUGGCCGUCUGUGAGAGGAUGCUGCCGGAUUACUUUAACCGGAGAAUUAUUGGCGCUUUGGUUGACCAGGCCGUGUUUGAGGAUCUGAUCCGGGAAAACCUCCCUCAGCUGGUGGAGCACAUGACAGACCUGAGCUUCUUCUCGUCCGUGUCCUUGUCCUGGUUCCUCACUCUCUUCAUCAGUGUCCUACCCAUAGAGAGUGCCGUGAAUGUGGUCGACUGUUUCUUCUACGACGGGAUAAAAGCUAUUCUGCAACUCGGCCUGGCUGUGCUGGACUACAACAUGGAGUCUUUGAUCACCUGCCACGAUGACGCAGAGGCUGUCACCAUCCUGAACAAAUUCUUUGACAGUGUGACAAACAAAGACAGUCCACUGCCUCCAACAGUGCAGCAAGCUCCUGUGGGCAACAAUAAUAAAGCAUCCCAUUUAAAUGUGGACAUCAGCGAACUGAUCCGAGAGGCCUAUGAGAAAUACGGAAACAUCCGGACAGAGGAAGUCGAAAGUUCCCGUAAAAGAAACAAGCUCCAUGUGAUCCAGACUCUGGAGGAUACAACCAAACAAAAUGUUAUUCGAGUGGUGUCCCAAGAAGUAGGAUUCAGUGCUCCACAGCUUGACAGGCUUUAUAACCUGUUCAAAAGGCAACAUUUCCUUAGCUGCUACUGGACAAUGAAGAGUCAGGCUUUGCUCCAUCACGACCCCAGCCUGGCUUAUUUAGAGCAGUACCAGCUGGGUUUUCAACAGUUCAGCACGCUCUUCUCCCUGCUUGAGCCCUGGGCUUUCUGCAGCAACAAUAGCACCCUCUCACUGUGGAGCUUCCGUCUGAUAGACGAGAAUCAGGACGGCCUUAUCAACUUUAAAGAGUUCUGCUGUGCUCUUGAUACUUUGUACAGUGGAUCUUUCACAAACAAGCUGAAAUUUCUCUUCAAGCUUCACCUGCCACCAGCUUUCACAGGAAGUCCUUUGCACCUAAAGGAACAAAAAAUCCAGUACUUUAUCCCAGUGACUGAAGACUCUUCUCACUUGGGUAACCUCACUGCAUUUGAUCUUCCUGAAGAUGGUGUCAUUAGGAAAAGCCCUGAAAGAGGUAGAGGGAAAGUGGACCUUCAGGCCUACCUGAAACAAUGGCAAAAUGAAAUACUUAAGAAAGAGGAAACCAUUAAGGAUCUACCCAGAAUAAAUCAGACCCAGUUCAUCCAGUUCUCCAAAACCCUGUACAACAUAUUUCAUGGUGAUGCAGAGGAGGAGUGUCUGUACCGAGCCGUGGCACAUGUGACCAGCCUCCUCCUGAGGAUGGAGGAGGUCGGACGGAGGCUGCAGGAGCCGAGCAGCCCACCUGAGUCCACAAAGCCUGCCAACGCUACCGCAUCCUCUGCAGAGGAGGAGUCUCCAACUGAAGACGCUUCCAACACGCCCGAGGGCUCUGACAUCUCGCGCAUUAGCCAGGAUGCCGGGCCUGACCUCACAGAGAUUGAGUGGUCGUUCUCAUUCGAGCAGGUCCUGGCUUCGCUGCUCAAUGAGCCGGCCAUUGUCAGCUUCUUUGAAAGGCCCGUGGAUGUUCAGACUAAACUGGAACAGGCUAAGGUUUCUCAGCUGAAGCUAAAGGCAGACAAGUAAAAAUAAAAAUAAAAGAUACAUGGUAGAGUUAAUUCUAUGCUUCUGAUUUAUACCCAGAAGACACCAUGAAUUUCCUUUCUCUGCUUGGAUGGUGCAGCAGGUUCUUGGCGAGAGAUAGGAAGACGGUAGGAGUACUGUUGAAGUGGAGGAGAGCUCAGAUUCAAAAUCUGUGGUGCAACGUGAGUGUGUGUGUGUGAGUGAGCGAGGGGCUUUUGCGUUCAAGCAGAUGAUGAUGAUCAGCAGAGAUGACUGACUAAAAAUAUUAUAUCUUAAGACAAUGUCAACACUAUUGUAACAAGUCACUGACUUUGAGUGUGUUUGAACUUUGACCCACAUUGCAGACCCAUUAGAGUUUUUCCUCAAAUCUGAUAAUGCUGUUUCAACUUUUUCGUUCUCUAAAGUAAGCUCAGUUGAACCUAAAUUACCCACUUCUUCAUGCUAUGAAGCAUAUACUGUACAUUAUAGUUUUGGAAGGGACAUUGAGUUCUGCCCGAUGUAUUCAGGAAUAGAAGGGUUUGUCCUUUCUGCCGUCUCUGAUGUCAUAGUGAGGUACAGAUUCACAACUAGAUAACCUUAGACAAGGUUAUUAUACAGAGUCUAAAGGUGACAUUCUGGAUAUCUUGAUGUAUUUUCUCUGUCAGAUAACUAGUCACCGCUGUUAGGAAACAAAUCUGUAAGUGCUUGUGUGUCCCAUGACUUUAGUGUAUGCUGUUAAGGGCAACAUCAGUGUCAUUCUGUAAACUUAUUGUGAAAAACAUCAGUUUUAGAAGUGAUAACAGGCACAGAAUCAACAGCACUUCAGCAGUAUCGUCCCUCGAAGCCAUGCAUUGAUUUGAGACGGUUGUCAGAUUAAGUGCAUCGAGAGCUGCAGGAUUCAAUUAUGGCAUUUAUACAUUUGCAAUAAUGGCUGAGAGGACGCUGUACUGCCACAGCAUAUUCAUCUGUCUGUCUGACAAAUACCAGUAUUUGACCAUCAUAGUACCAGUAGUUUGAACUUCAUAUUGCUGCCGUAGGGAAAUCUCUGGCGUCUGCCUCUGACAACGUUCUGUGUGUGACCUGCACAGUGUGGGUGAUGUACUGUUUGCUUAAGUCCAUCUUAAUCUAUGUGUAGGAUAUUAUGCUCUAGUAUAAGUGAAGAAUCUUGUACGUAUACAUAUGUUCAAUAGUCGUUUGAUUACUGUAUCUAUGAGGCUUUAAAUGUAAUAUACAAGCUAGUAGACUGUUGUGGACACAACUUCAACAUUCAGAAGGACAUUUUUUUUGAUCAAAACUCAGGGUGCAAUCUGUGUAAAUAAAAGGGAGAAAAGGGAUAUUUUUUUGACAUUGGACAUAUAAAGUUUAUGACUGCGUAAUAUAAAGCUUACAAAUGUCUGUAACAUCAAAAUAUAAAGCAUGUGUGUAGCAUAGUAAAGGUUUUAUCACAUGAUGCUAGUCUUCAAUGAAUGCAACUUUAACUGCUCGGAAAAGCCAGACUUGACUUUACAGCACUUCAGUUGAUUUCUUUUCAUCUGUGCUUUUGCUGCUCUUCUCUCUCGUUGCCUGUUCCUGCAGUGAAUCUUUGGCACAGUGGUUUGAGAUUCACACGUUAUAGAUAUGCCUGUAUCUAGGCCACAUCUCGAAGGCUUCAGGAAUAAUAAAAAAAAAAAAGGUCAUGACUGCUUCAGCUGCAGCUUGUCGACUCUAGGGGCCAAAAUUCCCAGAUUUAUAGAGCUUUACAUUUACCUGUGUCAAGAACAAGUAUAUAAGAAGCUCUUAAAAUGCAAGUGCAAUUGUUUCUUUUCUGUAUCUUAUUAUUUUUCAGUUUGCUUGAAAUGUUUUUGCUGUUAUUUUGUGUAAUGCAAAUUUGUAUAAGGCCAUCUGAAAUGUAUUUCAUUGUGCAAUUAUUGGGUUGAUUAAUAUAGAUCGUUAUAUUUAGUUGAACAAAAGUCAUUGAAAAUGAGCGUUAUGCAAAUACUGAUUAUUCAUUAUCACUGAAAUGAUACAUGUAUCACUGUUUACAUGACUGGUGUAAAAAAAAAAAAAAAAAAAAAAAAGGUAUGUACCGUACACUCAAUUAAUCUUCCCUCAUUAAAUCAAAAUCUUGAUGAGUAAGUUCAGUCAAGCACCUUAAAGAAAGUUUCCACUAUGUUUCUGUUGUAUAACAAGAAUUUAUACUCUCUGAACAUGGUCUGACUAUUUUAGUACAACUGUUCCCUGGCAGUCUCAUGCUGCUUUUACAACAGUUAUCCCAAUUUACACACAAUCCUACGUUCUGUAGCUCUUCAGUUUUCAUGUCUGUUUAUUUGCAUCCUCUGACAAUAUUGCACAGAGGGUAAGAAACCAUUUUGAAGAAAGGGAAAGUUCAGUUUCAAAAAUGAACUUGUUGGUCUGUCUGUGAGAAAGGCAGAAAGGCAUUUGAGACCAAAUGGUCCGUCAGUAAUUCUCCUCACUGUAUUUACUUGAAUAACUUUUAGAAAAUGGCACUUGAGAUUUUCUAUAGCCCGAAAUAAGGUUGUUGUCUCCUCUUUGUGGGGAAAUAAAUCAAACAAGACUUCCAUGUAGAUAUAUUCAGAAAAAUAUCAGCGGCUCUGAAAUCCUCCUGCUGGAAUAUUUAAUUGAGUGUAUACAAAGAGUGUACACAUGGAUAAUGCUUAAGCCACUUCUUUAUUUGUGUGCUAAAAACAGUUAUUUUAUGUGCAAAUGUAGUCCACAGCUUUAAGAGUCUGUUGUUUAAAUUAAAGGCUUGUUUUGUAAAAUAUGUGGAGCACAGGUAUUUCUGUUGAACUGCUGGAUUAUGAUUUUUUUUCCCCCCCUGGCUAAGAUACCCAAAUAAAGAGAAAUGAUUCCAUCAGUAA